AUGGCCUUGACGGAUGCCACUGCAUUCCAGUUAUGCAUGGCUAAUGCGGCCAUGUUCAUGGCACAGAGGAAGCAGCCAGAUACGUUUCAGUAUGAGAAAUGCUCGGAAGCGUUGGAAUAUUACGGCCAGUGUCUGAGACAAGUCACUAAACGGCUGGAAUGUCGUGACGACUGUACUAGUGAAGGUGUUAUUGUGACUGUUCUCGGGCUUAUUUGCCAUGAUAUAUAUGUCGGCUCGUGGACUCGCUGGGAAACCCACAUGAAAGGCUUACAUCGAAUCAUACAGGUUCGCGGCGGAUACAAAAAUAUUGACAGCAAUCUCGCACUCUGGGCAUCAUGGUAUGAUGUCCUAGGUUCGGCUACACACGACACCUACCCACACUUUCCAGAAUACAUGAAUAACUUGCCGUCGCGCCUACCCGGCCGGACACCACUGUUGGAGCAUAUUAUCUGCAAACUGAUGCACGAGAAUAACGCUGCGAUGUGCCCUGUAAUCAAUGCAUUGGACAGAAUCAAAGUCAUUGCCGACAUUGUGAAUGCCCGUCACCAUGAACCCGAAUUCUGGAGACGAGAAGACGACCUCAGUCCCCUUCACACCAUUGGCCCUGUUGCUCAUAUUCUACUUUCCACCCCACGACUCGAUCUGCAAACUGAUGGCACAAUUGACUCUGCAAAACUGUUCUGCGAGAUGACACGUCUGUGCAUGCUCAUUCUUCUAGCCGCCUUGAAGCGGCUAUAUUCGUUCGCCCUAGAUGAAAUAGAGCUUACAACUCUGACGGCAAAAUUCUCCUUAGUCUUGUCAAUAUACUGGAGGAGUCCCUCGUUAUAUCAACCUGACGAUGCAUUACAAAGUCUUCAACUAUGGAGUAUUCUUAUCGUUGCCGCUCUACAGCCAUUUGUGGAUCGCACGCUCUACGUUGCCGAAAUCCGCAGAUGCAUGCACCACAUGGGAAUACAGUCCGCGACUGAUGCUCUUCAACGAUCUCGUGACAUUGCUUGGGUUGACGUUGUCUGUGGCAUGGGUGCAGAAAACGAAACACUUCUCACUGCAAUUGACAAUGCGGCGCAGCCUUGAUUUAUCAUACAUGCAACAAUUCGAGUCCGAUCAACCACCAGUGACCCCUCCACUAACACUAAUAACCUGCCCCGUGAUCCACCUACUCUUCUCAUUACAAAGCAACAGCACCGCAUCGCCAAUAUCCUCAGUCGUCCCGAUCCUCUCUUCGGCUCUCGUCAUCGCAAUCAAGGGUUCAUGCAUCUUCUCCAUAAUCUCCUUGGGGAACGCAUCAGUCGCAACACCCCCUGGCAUCACAGUGUUGAUGGUCACUCCAUAUCCUCGACCCAGCUCCAUUGACAUGGCGAAAGUCAUUGCAUCCGCGGCAGCCUUUGCGCCAGCAUAGAUUGCGAUGGGCGACGGGCAGAUUUUCGAUGCGACACUUCCAAUGUUGAUGAUACGUCCACCGCGAGGCAUGUGUGGUAUAACGGAUUGGAUCAUGUAUACGGGUGCAAACACGAUCGAUCGAAAGGUGCUUUCCAUUGAUGAGGAAGAUACGUUGAGGAACGGCUCAAGAGAACCAGUUGCCGCAUUGUUGACUGUCCAGUCAGCCAUUAUCCUAACGAGACUAAAGGCAAUUUUUGGAGCAUACCCAAAAUAUCAACAUGAUCAACCCCAAACAACCUCAGAGUCUCAUUAACAAGCAUCUUUGCUCCCUCCGCUGAAGACACGUCCGCCUGAACCACAACUGCCUUUCCGGAAGUAUUCUGAUUAAGCGAUUCAGCGACUUUCGCAGCUCGAGGCGCAGUCGUAUCUGAGACAUGGUUAAUAACCACCCAAGCACCGUUACGAGCCAAUGCAGCAGCGAUCCCCGCACCGAUGCCAGUCUCACGACCUGAGCCUGUGAUGAUGGCUACUUUGCCAGUGAGGGAGAGGGUGUCCAUUAUGGGAUGAUCCAGGACUAUAUAUAUACUUUCCCCUCUCUACAACAGAGCUGAGAAACGAUACCAAAUGGGGUAGUGGAAAACCCGAAGUGACGC